CCACUCUCCUCUCGUCUGAUUUUGAUCCGUCGCAGGUUAACAGAACCGAGCUCGGCUCAAACACCGCAAAGCACAACACCAAUGUGACGCCCAGGGCUGGCGAUCACAGAAUCUGAACUUUCUUUUCCGCAAAAACAACCCAAUUCCUUGUAAGACGUAGGAUAUAUAUAUACAUACACACACACCCACAAAGCAGAAAAAACUAUAAUAAAAUCGUGAUUUCGAAAUUUUCUUCAAAACGACAAGAUGCCAUGGCCAAUACCCAGAUGGCGAAACCUCUUGCUUUUGAAGAACUCCUUGAUUCCAUCGUCUUCUGUCGUAACCCAAUUCGCCUCCUUCCAUUCUACACCGAUUUAUUUUCAGAAAUGGAAGAACAACUUUAAUGCUGGUGUAAAAGGAAGCCACCAACAUCAAGCAUCAAAGAAACAAAUGCGGUUCGCAAUACGUCAAAGGCGUGCUGAUACUAAGAAAGCAUUGAAUGAUUUUCUGUACAGAAGUGGACCCUCUAAAUUUUCAUUGCCGGAAGAAGAGUCGGGAUGGAAGAUUGGUUGGAACACAGGUAAAUCUGAUAAUUCAAAUAAGAAGCAUAAAUCAAGAAAUUCAGCCGGACAUGAUGAUAGAUAUCACCAGAAGAUAAACAAACGUAAAGUUAGAAGGGCCAACUUCGGUUGGGAUUUUGAUGAACAUCGUGAUACAACCUUCGAAGCGACAUUCGGCAACAGACGGUGUACUUGGUCUUUUAACUCGCGAGGGGAGUCUUUUUUCAGAAGUUCAGCUUCUGAAUUUGAGUGGACAGAGCACUCGAGCUGGAAACAUAGUAGAACAUGGGGAAGUAGUAGUGAUUCUGAGUCUGAUGAUGAAACCUACACUCUAGGAUCAUCUUCUGAUAGAACAAUUCUCGGUCUGCCUCCAACUGGCCCUCUGCAUUUAGAAGAUGUUAAAAAGGCUUUCCGGUUAUCCGCUUUAAAAUGGCAUCCUGAUAAGCAUCCCGGCCCUUCACAGGCAAUGGCUGAAGAGAAAUUCAAACUCUGUGUCGAUGCGUACAACUCCUUGUGCAAGGUGCUCUCGCCGGCGUAAGCAGUAGUUUCGAACUUCUACAGCUUCUCUUUUGAUUCUCAAAUCUGGUAGAGCUCUAACAAUAGAUGGUAUGAUAUAGUCUAGAUCUUAUUUUAAUUUAUCCUCAUUUUUUCCCAAGUAAAGAGGGGAUGGAGUAUUUUAAUUUAUCCUCUUUUUUUUUCCCCAAAUGAAGAGGGGAUGGAGUUUAUGUUUUACGUUAUUUUAUCCUCAUUU